AUGGAUGGCCCGGCGCGAUGCAACGGGCUUCGGAAGAAGCGGCGAUCGCGGUCCCAGCGCGACCGGGAGCGGCGAGCCCAGGGCGGGCGGCGCGGCGGGGCCGCCGGCGGGGCCCCCGGGGCCGCCGCGCUCUCCUCCUCGGGCUCCGAGAAGGAAGACAAUGGGCCCCCGCCGCCGUCCCGGCCGCGGCCCCCCCGGAGGAAGCGGCGGGAGUCCUCCUCGGCCGAAGAGGACAUUAUCGACGGUUUCGCGAUGUCCAGCUUCGUCACUUUCGAGGCGCUGGAGAAGGACGUAGCUCUGAAACCUCAGGAACGUGUGGAGAAGAGACAGAACCCUCUAGCCAAGAAGAAACGGGAAGCACUUACCAAUGGGCUGUCGUACCCUCCCAAAAAGAACAGACUCCACCACCACCAGUACAGCUCCGACCGGGAAAAUGACCGUAACCUGUGCCAGCACCUCGGGAAAAGGAAGAAACUACCCAAGGGCCUCAGACAGCUCAAGCCAGGUCAGAACAGCUGCCGGGACAGCGACAGCGAGAGCGCAAGCGGGGAGUCCAAGGGUUUCCAUCGGAGCAGCUCCCGGGAAAGGCUCAGUGACAGCUCAGCUCCUUCCAGCUUGGGAACAGGCUACUUUUGUGACAGCGACAGUGACCAAGAAGAAAAGGCAUCUGAUGCCAGCUCUGAGAAACUGUUCAACGCUGUCACAAAUAAAGAUAAGGAGUUAGGAGUCGGUCCGCCCGCUGACAAUGACGACCCUGGUGCUCGGGGCCCGGCUGUCCCCAAAAUAUCAGGAUUAGAAAGGAGCCAAGAGAAGAGCCAGGACAGCAGCAAAGACCCCGUCCUUGAGCCCGUGGUGCCUAAAGACCCUUGCCCUCAGGUGGCGCAGCCGCUGGCCCAGCCUCACCCCGAGCCGCCCGAGGCCCGCUGCCCCAGCCCCGCGCUCGCCCCGCGCCCGGAGCUGCCCGUCCCGCCGCCCCUGCCCGCGCCGCUACCCCCGGCCCCCGAGGAGCCCUCCCGGGCCCCUGCUCCCCAGCACCCCCCUGGACAGCACCCCGCAGGACAGCACCCCUCGGCACAGCACCCCUCGGCACAGCACCCCCCCGGGCAGCACCCGCCGCGGCCGCAGUCGCCGCUGCCGCCGGCCCAGGCGGCCCUGCCCGCCGUGCAGCCCCAUCCCGCCGCACAGAGCCUCUCCCAGCCCCUCUCCGCCUACAACAGCAGCAGCUUGAGCCUCAACAGCUUAAGUUCCAUCCGUGCUGUGUUUAAUGUGAGCUGUGUGUGGGUUGGGAGGGGGUCUGUGUUCAGAGCUUUCCUCCCUUCCAUGCAAAGCCUAAUUGCUUUUCUUCUCGUUAACAGCAGCAGCAGAAGCAGCACUCCUGCCAAGACUCAGGCCCCUCCUCCCCACAUAUCCCACCACCCCUCGGCCUCCCCGUUCCCGCUGUCCCUGCCCAGCCACAGCCCCCUGCACACCUUCACGCCCACCCUGCAGCCCCCAGCACACCCCCACCACCCCAAUAUGUUUGCCCCUCCCACGGCUCUGCCCCCUCCACCUCCACUGACGUCAGGGACACUGCAGGUUCCAGGACACCCCGCUGGUAGCACUUACUCAGAACAAGAUCUCCUCCGUCAGGAACUAAACACGCGGUUUUUGGCCUCGCAGAGCGCGGACCGCGGGGCCUCCCUGGGCCCCCCGCCCUACCUGAGGACCGAGUUCCACCAGCACCAGCACCAGCACCAGCACACACACCAACACACACACCAGCACACCUUCACGCCUUUCCCCCACGCCAUCCCACCCACUGCCAUCAUGCCGACGCCAGCACCGCCCAUGUUUGACAAAUACCCUACAAAAGUUGACCCCUUCUACCGUCACAGUCUGUUUCACUCCUAUCCUCCAGCUGUAUCAGGUAUUCCUCCCAUGAUUCCUCCAACUGGCCCCUUUGGAUCCCUACAAGGAGCUUUUCAACCCAAGACUUCCAAUCCUAUUGAUGUUGCAGCCAGACCUGGGACGGUCCCACACACCCUUCUCCAGAAAGAUCCACGGUUGACAGAUCCGUUCAGGCCCAUGUUGAGGAAACCUGGGAAGUGGUGUGCCAUGCACGUCCACAUCGCCUGGCAGAUCUACCACCACCAACAGAAAGUCAAGAAACAGAUGCAGUCGGAUCCACACAAGCUGGACUUCGGCCUGAAACCAGAAUUUCUGAGCAGGCCACCAGGCCCCAGCCUUUUUGGAGCCAUCCACCACCCCCAUGACCUGGCCCGGCCCUCGACUCUCUUCUCCACAGCCAGUGGGGGGCAUCCAGCUGGCACCCCUUUUGGCCCACCACCUCACCACAGCAACUUCCUCAACCCAGCUGCUCACUUAGAGCCCUUCAACCGCCCGGCGUCCUUCAGCGGCCUCACCGCCGUGGGCAGCAACGCCUUCGGGGGGCUCGGGAACCCCACAGUCACACCCAACUCAGUGUUCGGCCACAAGGAUGGCCCCAGUAUGCAGAGCUUUAGCAACCCUCACGAGCCCUGGAACCGACUGCACCGAACUCCUCCUUCGUUCCCGACCCCUCCGCCCUGGCUGAAGCCAGGAGAGCUGGAGCGCAGUUCAUCUGCUGCAGCUCAUGACAGAGAUAGAGAUGUAGAUAAACGAGACUCAUCUGUUAGUAAAGAUGACAAAGAAAGGGAGAGCAUUGAGAAAAGACACUCCAGCCAUCCUUCGCCAGCACCAAUCCAUCCAGUAAAUUCCCUCGGACAUAACCGCAGCUCAAACGAGCAGAUCAGGAGCCAUCUGAACCCCGAGGUCCGAGAGAAAGAGAAACCCAAAGAACGAGAGAGGGAUCACUCCGAAUCCCGGAAGGAAAUUAAUGUUGAAGAGCACAAGGUGAAGGACAACUAUAUUUCGGAGAAAGAAGGCCUGAGCCAUGAAAGCCGAGUGGUGGAAGAGUCUAAGCAGAUGCCCAGGGUUCCUUCCCCCUAUGCCAGGCCCCCCGUUGUGGAGAGCACCAGGCCCAACAGCACCUCAAACCGCGAGGCCGAGAGGAAGAACGAGCCGGCGUACGAGAAUCCCAAGAAAAGCAACGAAGUCAAAGUGAAGGAAGAGCGAAAGGAAGACCAUGAUGUUCAACCUGAGGGACCUCAGACUCAUCGGUCAUCUGAUCAGCCACCACCUAUAUCUACAUCCAACGUCCAUCCAAGUCCUCUAGUGUCUAUGCCCAUGACUGUAGGUGUAACUGGAAUACAUCACAUGAACAGCAUCAGUGGCCUGGAUAGGACUCGCAUGAUGACACCUUUUAUGGGAAUUAGCCCAAUUCCUGGUGGAGAACGUUUCCCCUAUCCUUCUUUCCACUGGGACCCGAUGAGGGAUCCCUUGAGAGAUCCGUACAGAGAGCUGGAUAUUCAUCGGAGAGACCCCCUGGGCAGAGACUUUUUGCUAAGGAAUGACCCCCUUCACCGUCUUUCCACGCCAAGACUGUACGAAGCAGACAGGUCUUUCAGGGAUCGGGAGCCUCACGACUACAACCACCACCACCAUCACCACCACCCUCUGUCUGUCGACCCUCGGCGUGAGCACGAGCGGGGCACCCACCUGGACGAGCGGGAGCGGCUGCACAUGCUGCGGGAGGACUACGAGCACGCGCGCCUGCACUCGGUGCACCCGGCCGCCCUGGACGGGCACCUGCCCCACCCCAGCCUCAUCACCCCGGGACUCCCCAGCAUGCACUACCCCCGAGUCAGCCCCCCCACGGCACACCAGAACGGCAUCCUCAACAAAACUCCCCCCACAGCAGCUCUCAGUGCCCCCCCGCCUCUUAUUUCCACGCUGGGACCUCGGCCCGGGUCUCCCAGAAGGACUACUCCUCUGUCCACGGAGAUGAGGGAGAGGCCCCCCUCUCACACCCUCAAGGACAUUGAAGCUCGAUAAGCAGAGUGAGACUGAAUAAAAACCACAGAAAGAAGGACAAAAACGUUGUACAUGAACAUAAUAUAAAGACCUUCUUACUAGUCAUUGCUACAGACUGGGGAUGUGACCCACUGUACAAUAUGUAUAGACCCGAGUGCAAAGAUUUUGAAAUGGUUUUUUUUGUAUAUUAUAUGUUGAAAUUUUCCAGAUCUUUUAGCCAAGUCCAUACGUUUCUCGUGUCUCCUACUCUAUUUUAUUUCUAGUUUAAGAAUUUCAAUAUUUGAACUGAAGAACAAGACAUCAAUCUGAGUGAUUUGACUAGAAACAAGCCACCACCAAUGUCAACCCUACAAAGCUCUUUCAGACCAGAAAUGAAGUCAAUUGUAGAUAUUUAUGUAAAAAGAUUGCUUCAUGGGUUAAUGGUUCAUAUAUGCAAAAAGGGUAAGAUGAAAGCUUUACUUUGUACAAAUGUAAAUAGAUAAAAUUAAGUAACAUAAUACAUUAAUACUUCUUAAACUGUGCUAUUUGCAAACUUAAUAUUGAUCAACACAGUCUGCUUAUGCUGUGUUACAUAUAUUGUUAUAGACAGCUAAACCCCUUCAACUAUGCAAUGAAUUUAAGGCUUUUCACAAAAGCCUUUAUAACUCAAAGGAGCCUUUUCAACACACAACAUAAUUAAAGUCAUAUUUUCCCUGAACAAGCUCAUUUCUAAUAGGAGCCUAUUUCUCUUGCUUGUUUUGAUGAAGAAACAGCCCACUAGAGGUGCAGUUUUCUGUCUGAAGCCCUGCAUGAGGCUGCUGAGGUCACUGGAGCUCGUGUGUCGCUUCCACGGCGUCAGGGUCAGUGCUCUGCAAGCACCGGUACUGAAGUCAUGGCCAGUUGGUUUUCAGUCACAUUCAUCUGGGUUAAACAGGAAUAAUCAAAUGCUGGAUCUUUUCCAGAACUUUUGUCACUGAACAUGUCAAAUUUCUUUCUGGAAGAGCAUCUGCUUAUAGCCAUUCAUGUCUGGUUUUAUUGCCAGUCUGUCAUUUUUAUCUGUACACACGCUUUUUUUUUUUUUUUUUUGUCUUAUGGGAUUUUUAGCUACCUUGAAACAAAUCCUACAAGAAUACUUUUCUAAAUGAUGGAUAUGUUUUCACUGUGGAUCAGUGUUUAAUUAAUGAACUCCAUUGCAGAUUUCAUAAUGCAAUUUAUUGUAUUUCAGUUGGUAAUAAAGUCUGUGAAGAGUUAACAGGCCAGCCUUGUUGUUCCCUAAUCACAGAAGCCAUGAAAUAACAUGAAGAACAUGGUCCUUUUUACAAAUAUGCAUCAAUCUUCUGAAAUCUUGUCUUUUCAUAGCACACUUUUUUAUAAUGCAUUAAGUUUCUUGUCUAAAUAUUUGGAGAGAAUAUGACUUUAUCAGAGAGAAUUCAAUAUCUUGUCUACUGGACUGUAAAAUAUAUGUAUGAAAUAAAAUUAGUUCCAUUGGUCUUCUAGUGUAUUAAAGUGCUAUCUGAAGUUGUUACCCUGUUUUGGCAAAAAAAAAAGAAAAAAAAAAAGAAAAAAGUUAACUACAGACAGUUGUUUCUAAUGAUCAGAGAUCUAUUUUAGUAGUCAACUGAAGGUUUAGUUGUGAGCUUCAGAUUUUGUGAACUCCAGAUGUUGUGCGGUGGUUUCUUUUCUUUUUUUUUUCUCUUUUUUUUUUUUUUUUUUUUUUUUUUUUUUUUUUUAAGAACAAAAGGAAAAAUCCAAAAAAAAUCCCGACCCUGAGGAAUAUGUACACUGGAACCGUAGUGGUAGCUUUCAGUAUUGUAAAGAGAUUGUUAUAUACAAACCUUUUUGCUGUUUAUCCUGUAUGUAAUAAAGUCCUUUCUAGAUCCUAUGUGAAAAGCAAAGUGAAGCGGCUCUCAAUCUUCAGCAUGUUUCCUCAUCAGCGAAGACUUGUGUAAUGUAAAUUGUGCCAUGUUAUUAAAAAAUGUGAACUAAA